AUGAAAUAUUUAUUCGGUUUGACUCUCUUAAAUUUUAUUUUUGCUUCGCCUCAAAUCAAUCUUCAUUAUACAGAUUGGAUAAAUGAGAGUGAAAGCAAUUAUGUUUUACCACAUAAUUGUUUGCGUGUUGCAGUUGCUAUUGAUGAAAAAAGUACUUAUCGUGAAAUUACAUCUUAUUGUAUGGAUGAAUUACCAACAAAUUUUCAUAUUGAGAAACAUAAUAGCUUUCUAAAGUUCACCUUUGGUGAACUUUCAAAACGAAAUAUUACUAGUCAACAAUUAUAUCUUUGGUCGACUCCAUUUGAUAUUAUUGAACGUUAUCAAUUUUAUUUAAAUCAAUUAUCAACAUCAAAUGAUAAGUCUUUGGAAACACAAGUUUUCUAUAAUUGUACAUUUCCAAGAUUCGGUCCGAUGUGUCAAUAUAAAAUGAAUUAUUAUAAUGAAAGUCAAAUAUCUUUAUAUGAUAUUAUUUAUGAUUAUUAUAAUAGGUAUCUGUAUAAUUCAACUUUUUUGACAUGCUAUAUUCAUUUACAAUGUAUUCGUGGCCCUUCUCCAUUAUGUAUAAAUUGGAGAGAAAUUUGUGAUGGAAGGGUAAAUUGUAUAGAUGGUAAAUUUGAUGAAGAACAUUGUUGGCAACUUGAAAUCAAUGAAUGUAAUGAUAAUGAAUAUCGAUAUACUAAUGGACAAUGUAUACCAAAAUCGUUUUUUCGAGAUAAUCGUGAUAUUCCUGAUUGUAUUGAUACGUCGGAUGAAUAUGGAAUCGAAGAUUCACGUCCUAGAGAAUAUUAUGGAAGUGAACCUUCAUUUAAAUGUGAAGAUAUAGGAUAUACAUUUUACACAUUGUUAAAAAUUGUUCAAUAA